AUUCAAUUAAUUGAGAUUUUCUAAUAAAAUUUUGUUAUAUACAUUUUGUUUUUUUAUGCAAGCCUAAAUUCAAUCAGAACAAGAAGAAAACAAACCGAUCAGAAGUUCCGAGGAGAACCAAAACGAAUAAUUGAACCAACAACAAGAUCGAGUACAAUCGUCAUCAAUACCUGUUAAUGAAAAAACUAGACUGCCUCCUAACUCUAACAUAUAUUUGUAAAAGGCUGAAAUCAAGGAAGUUUCAAAUGUUUGGCCACAAUAAGCUCCUUUUUCAUACCCAAAUAUUGUCGCAUAAUAGAUAUAAUGUGAAGUUAAUUAAGGACAACAAUCUUCAGCAUAGUAAUCAGACAACUAAUAAUUUAUGUUUCAUUAGAGCAUGCAACUUGCACAAGGUUCAAAAAUCCCAAAUCACCUUAAUUUAACUUAAACUCCAAAAAUGAGACACUCUUAACAAUUAUAAUGUAGAUGGUGCAAUCAAGAAGUAUUUUCCUAAAUCGAAAAUAAAAUCGGACUGACAUAAUUAUUGCUUUGUCUCUUAUUCUUACCUGCCUUAGGAAUUGGCUUUAUGUUUGUAUGUUGUAAUGUAAAAUAUAUUUAAUCGCAUAGACUUAUAAAGAUUGUUAUCAUUAUUGUUCUCAAUGUUCAGGUGAAAUGGGAGUAGUGAAAUUGAUUGAUUUUGAAUGUUGA